AUGGGAAGAGCUUCAAGGUGGUUGAAGGCCCUGUUUGGAAUUAAGGAUCGACAAAAGUUUGAAACAACGGAUUAUUGUUGGGUUGAGCCCAGAGACACGAACCACCCAUUAAUGCAGCACAAUCGUACAACAACAGCAGGCAUAACCCUUGCCGACGCCGCCUGGCUCACCUCAUUUUAUAAUGAACCCGACAGCGAGGAGAAACAGCACGCCAGGGCAGUAGCUGCCGCCACCGCAGCCGCUGCCGACGCCGCCGUUGCCGCGGCCCAGGCGGCGGCCACCGUCGUUCUUCUCACCACUCGCACACGGGAAAAGCUGGCUGCUGCUAAGAUCCAAGCGGCUUUUCGUGGAUAUAUGGCCCGAAGAGCACUACGGGCUUUGAAGGGACUGGUGAAGAUUCAGGCGCUGGCGAGAGGUUUUUUGGUGCGUAAACAGGCAACAGCAGCACUGCACAGCAUGCAAGCUCUCAUGAGGGCUCAAGAAAGCGUUCGGGCCCUGAAGGCCCGACGGUUCACCAACUAUUAUGAAGAUUAUCCCCAAGCCCCAAUAUCCCUGGAAAACUUGGUAGACCCGCCAAAUUUAGAUGUUGGGAGGACCUCAUUGUCAUACGAGGACAGCCCAAAAAUAGUUGAAAUCGAUACGUGCUGCCGGCCCAAAUCAAGACAGAGGUCGCAGAGUGCUCCGAAACAGAGGCUCUCUCUACAUGAAUUGAUGGAGUCUAGAAACAGCUAUUCAGAUGUGGUUAGAAGGCCAAUGUUGUUCCCUCGGGCUCGAGAUGCCGCACAUUUUAAGGAUGCUUUAAUAGGAAAGCUUGGCGGGUCUCCAAAUUUUGGGAAGGAAAGAGUUUGA